ACAAAACGAAAAUGGACGUUUCCUCGACCUCGCACUCGAUAUACUUCCAACCUCUUCUUCAUCUUCUUUCGAUCGUGCAAACGUCCCUUCUCUCCCAACAACCCCAGAUCUCUAUAACCUCUCUCGCUCUCCAUCUUCGAUAUCCGAGAAGGGGGAUCGACGAGGAAUGCAGAGCCGGGGAUCCAGUCAUCGCUUGCCGGGGCUUGCCCUCCGAUCACCGAUCUCCUCCUUUAUGCUCGCCAUGCUCGCCACCAUGGCCUCCGUAUAUGUUGCCGGCCGGUUGUGGCAGGAUGCGGAGAAUAGGGUUUAUCUUAUCAAAGAGCUCGAUCGGAGAACCGGGAAGAGGCAGACUGCGAUAUCAGUGGAUGAAUCGCUGAAGAUGGUUGCUUGCAGGGAUCAGCAUAAGAAAUUAGCAGCACUUGAAAUGGAGUUGGCUGCUGCCAGGCAUGAAGGUUACGUUUCGAAGUAUGGCUAUGGUUCAGAGUCUUCUGACACCAAUGGAGCUCCUUCGAAGAAGAGGUUGUUGGCAGUAAUAGGUAUCCUUACUGGUUUUGAAAGCAAGAACGGUAGAGACGCCAUUCGGAAAUCAUGGGUACCAUCUGGUGCAGAACUAAAAAAAUUGGAAGAAGACAAAGGCGUUGUAGUGCGAUUUGUGAUAGGAAGAAGUGCAAAUCGGGGAGAUAGCAUGGACAGGGCUAUUGAUGAUGAAAAUAAACACUCCAAAGACUUCAUUGUUCUUGAUAAUGUUGUUGAAGCUUCUGAAGAAGUUCCAAAGAAGACAAGGCUGUUUCUUGCUCAUGCUGUAGAUACUUGGGAUGCAGACUUCUAUGUGAAGGUCAAUGACAAUAUCUAUGUCAAUAUUGAUUCCCUUGGAGCAAUGCUUUCAGCUCAUGUGGACAAACCUCGUGUUUAUCUUGGGUGUAUGAAAUCAGGCGAAGUUUUCUCAGACUCGAAUCAUAAAUGGUUUGAACCAGAUUGGUGGAAAUUUGGCGAUGGAAAAUCGUAUUUCCGUCAUGCAUCAGGGGAAAUGUUUGUCAUAUCUAGAGCAUUGGCACAAUUCAUUUCUAUAAAUAGAGAUAUUCUACGGACAUAUGCUCAUGAUGACGUUAGUGUUGGAUCAUGGUUCAUCGGGCUUGAUGUUAAUCAUGUUGAUGAAGGGAAACUGUGUUGCUCGUCAUGGACUUCAGGGGCCAUUUGUUCAGCUGUGUGAUCAAUACAUGCUUGCCUGCCCACUUGAAAUUUAUUAUGGAAUCAUGCUCCAUUUUCUUGAAACGGAUGAUUUUGAAGACCCGAUUAUUUUGCAAUUUCAUUGGCUCCAUGCUUAGCUAAGUCCACGGAAAUCAUUAUACCUUCAACAUCACCAGCUCCUGCAAAUAUCUAGAGAAAGGCUGGUUCCAUUGGCAGUGAUCAUUAUAGAAUUUAGUUUCUUUCAUUAGGCUUUUUGAAUCUCUGUAUUCUGUGUUGCAUUGUAGCAGCUCCACUAACCAUUUUUUUUUUCUUAUGUAAGAGACCAGAUUGAAUGAAACCAGUUAACUGUUAACCAUUAAAUAAUAUCCAGGCCAAUUUUAUUUA